GAAGCAUCUUAUCUUUGGAUUCAACAAAGUCGGACAUAUGGCCUUCACUUGAUUUGCUGAUUUGGUCACAAAAAAAAAAAAAAAAAAAGAAAAGAAAGAAAAGAAAAUCUCACUAAAUGUUUAGUCUAAUUGUUCUUCUACCUUUAAUACGGCAUGAUUCCUCCGUUUAACAUUUUAUUUCGUGCGAAGCAAAGACACUCAUGGGAUGUUGGACAACGAGUUUCAACUUCGGACACCUGAAGGCGCACUCCAAAGUGUCCUUUUUCUUUACCAUGAUCCUAAUAUUCACCUAUUUAUUCUAUUGCCUCACUGGAUACUGCGAUUCCAUGCCGACUCCACUGUACGUCCAUCAGAGAUUUAGAAGCAAACUUUUCCCGAAGGAAGGGAAGAAGCUUCAGCCGGACGCGCACUUGAACGUCUCCAUCUUUCGCGAGCUCCCCGAGUCCGACCAGCUGGACUUUGAUGCGACAGACGGGGAAGAUGAGAGACGGCAACGCGGUUUAGGCUAUGAAACCAUCAACAACCUGUCUGUGUCAAACAACUUUGGGACCAAAGAGUUUCCCCAGGCGAUUAUUAUCGGCGUGAAAAAGGGGGGAACGCGCGCGCUUCUGGAGUUCCUGCGCGUGCACCCCGAUGUGAGAGCCGUGGGCGCGGAGCCGCACUUCUUUGACAGGUUCUAUGACAAGGGUCUCCAGUGGUACAGGACUUUAAUGCCUCGUACUUUAGAAGGCCAGAUCACCAUGGAGAAGACACCCAGCUACUUCAUCACCCAUGAGGCCCCUCAACGAGUCUUCUCCAUGAGCCGUGGCACCAAACUCAUCGUUGUUGUCCGAGACCCCGUGACCCGAGCCGUGUCGGACUACACUCAGACUUUGACCAAAAACCCUGGCCUGCCGUCUUUCCAGAACCUGGUCUUGAAGAACUCCACCACCGGUCUCAUUGACACUUCCUGGAGUGCUGUUCGCAUUGGGAUCUACGCCAAACACUUGGAGAACUGGCUCAGGUAUUUCCCGCUCUCGCAGCUACUCUUUGUGAGUGGUGAGAAGCUUGUUACCGACCCUGCUGGAGAAAUGGGGAAGGUGCAGGAUUUUCUGGGUCUCAAACGGGUGGUGACCAAUAAGCACUUUUACUUCAACCAGACUAAAGGCUUCCCCUGCCUCAAAAAGCCGGAAGGGAGUAGCAGACCAAGAUGCUUGGGGAAGUCGAAAGGAAGACCCCAUCCAAACAUACCAGUGGAGGUGCUGCACAGACUCAGGGACUUCUACAGACCUUUUAACCUGAAAUUCUACCAGAUGACUGGGCAGGACUUUGGCUGGGACUGAAGAGUUGCAGGACCCUUUGGGAUAAUGCAAUAAGGCAUUGAUACCUGACUCCAGACUUUGGAUGGGACCUCCAGACUGAUUGUUAUAAUACUCACUGUGAAUUAACACACUUGGUUCAGUAAAUCAAGGGUUGGCUGACUGGUGGCUUAAUUAAAUCAUGUGUUAGUUCAGGGAUAAAAUAAAAACAUUCAAUCAGGGGUUUCCUGAGCAACAUUUGGAACUUUACAAAAAUUGGAAUUUUAAUUGAAUUGGAACUUUGUAUGUAAUGAAAGGAAGAGGAAUGUACAGAAAUGCAGACAACAGAGGAAUUUUUCCAACCCAAUGUUUGCAACAAAACAUAAAAAAUUACAUAAUAAAUUUUGAGUAGUUAUGCCUAUUUAUUCUCUAAAAUGUAAAAAAAUAAAUAAUAAUAAUUCAACUGAUAUGACAUAUUUCUCUAAACUAUGUUCAUUAUUGUCCAAAAAAUUGAACACCAUCAGAGUGUUGCCAUCAUACAAUUUUGCCAUACUGCUGGUUCAGAAAUUCACUUUUCCAUUAAGGGGUUAUAUUUGCCCGCUUGAUUUUCAUGGGCAUUUUAUAUAUAAAAUAGGUAUUUUUUAAAUACCAAAUAAACAAUAUAACGGCUCAUCCUUUUAUGUCAAAUACUUCAAUUUAAUCAAUCGUUUAACAUAAAAUUGUUAAUACGAAUAACUAGAUUGAGAAUUUAUUACUACCUCUUACCCACAAAAUUAAAUCAACAUCAACUCAUACUUUAUACUACAAAAUGUAUAAUUAGGCCUAAAUAUAGGAAUUCAAUAUUCAAGCAUUUUUUCAUCUUUAUUUUUUGUCACUUUCGGUGGCAUUUCAAAUUCAGGAUUUAAAAAUUCAUUUCUAAAUGGCCCAAAACCCUGCUCCGUGCCCCUCAUUCAAAUGCAUUCAACACACUGCCAGUUUUUAAUAUAGGCGUUUCCCAUGCACAUGGAACCACAGUGAUGUGUCAGCUUGUGAAGAGGUCUUAUUGAUUUAAUAAGCCUUAGAUUUAUAUAUUCAUCUGUAAUUUUUUUUUUUAUGUAAUUUUUUUUUAAAGUUGGGUUCAGAGACAUUUUCCUCGUGUCCUCUUUCAUAACAAAUGAUCUGAGAAUGAUCUAAAACAGACUGAACAGAAUAUUCAUUUUGUGUAUGUGGUUCCAACCAUACAAUUCAAAUCACACAGAGCAGCCAAAUCUCAACAGUUUCUACAGUACAACACCUACUGUACAUGUUCCAGAAUAUCCACUGCUUAAACUGCCUCUUAUUUCAGAGGCCCGUAAUGGUAAAGCUCAAAACCAACUUGGAUGUUCUCAUUCAACCACUGUUAUAUACUGUAAUAGACACAGGGCACAGAGAAUAAGAAAAAGAGAGACAAGGAGGGAAGCAACAGAAUGUAUGGAAGUGCUAGAUUGCAAACUGUAUUUAUUUUGUUUUUUGAUUAUUAAAAGGAGACCCACCAAAGCACACACUUGCUUUCUAAAUUAAUGUUUUGCAUUAAAAAAAUGAUGUUAUGUUGCCUCUUUCUUUUAGGUUAUAGACCAUUCACCACAUUCAUUUGCCUUUGUUUUUUAUGACUGAUGGUUAUCCAAAUAAGCAGUCAUGUAAUUCUCCCUAAGAUUAAUAUUAAAACUGAGAUAUGUAACCCUGUUUUCUUUUCAGCAGGGAUGAAUACUGGACUAUGCAUUAUUGUUAUAUCUGCUGACUAAAAAAAAGUUUUGCUUCUGCUGUAAAUUGCUAUUAUUUAUAUUUAUGAAUGUAAAAAUGUAAAGACAUUUCAUUUUGUUCAACAUGCAGGUGAUUUUACUGGUUCUUUGAUGAUUGUUUUUGAUCUUUCAGUGUCCAAAUAUAUUUUAAAAUCAAUGAGCUGCUUUCUUCUACCAAACCUAUCCUUUAUCACAACCUAUUAAAGGGAUAGUUCACCCAAAAAUGAAAAUUAUCUAAUCAUUUACUCACCCUUAUGCCAUCCCAGAUGUUCAGCAGAACACAAAUGAAGAUUUUUAGAAGAAU